CUCUGUCCUUUGAGCGGAGGCGCCGGGGGCCGAAUUGUUCGUGCGGAGGCUGGGGGCCCGGCUCCGCUUUCCGAGAAGCAGCCUCUGAUCCGUCCCCAUUGUCUGGCGAGCGACUGCCGGGUCAACGGGGCUAAACGGGACCUCCCAGGCAGGCAAACAAACGCGCAAACGUGGUACUGAAAGCAGCCCCCUCCUCGCCCUCCGCAGAGCCAUUGUGUCGGAGAUAAUCUGACUCGAAGAUUUCACUUUAGCCAGUCCAAGAUGGAAGCCCCACUGGUGAGUCUGGAUGAGGAGUUUGAGGAUCUGAGACCCUGCUACGUUGAUGACAGAGAAGAAAAAACACAUUGUUUUUACGGCUCAUCCCCUCAGCAUCUGGAAGAUCCCUCCCUUUCUGAGCUUGAGAACUUCUCCUCUGAAAUUAUCAGUUUCAAGUCCAUGGAAGACUUGGUGAAUGAAUUUGAUGAGAAGCUGAAUGUCUGCUUUCGGAAUUACAAUGCCAAAACUGAGAACCUGGCUCCUGUAAAAAAUCACCUCCAGAUACAAGAGGAGGAAGAGCAUCUUCAGGAUGAGGAGGUUACAGACAAGUGGAUGGGGGAAAGCAGAAAACAUGAUAUACCUUUGCAGUUCCACAUUAGUGAGAUAAGGGUUUGGGAUGCUUUAACGGACAAUUACAUCUCAUCAAUCACUGAGGAUUGGAGGGACCCUGAUAUCGAGGUGUUGAAUGGCAAUAUUUCUGACUCAGAGAUCCACGAGAAGGAGGAGGAAGAGCUCAAUGAGAAGAGUGAAAAUGACUCUGGUAUUAAUGAGGAGCCUCUACUCACAGCAGAUCAGGUAAUUGAAGAAAUUGAGGAGAUGAUGCAGAAUUCCCCAGAUCCUGAAGAGGAAGAGGAGAUCUUGGAGGAAGAUGAUGGAGGAGAAACUUCUUCUCAGGCUGAUUCAGUCCUGUUGCAGGAGAUGCAGAUUUUGACACAAACCUUUAACAACAAUUGGUCCUAUGAAGGUUUGGAACAGAUGUCAGUGUCUGAGUUGGCCGAGCUGCUGGAUCACGUGGAGGGUGCCAUCCGUGACUACUCAGAAGAGCUGGUGCAGCAGCUGGCUCGUCGAGAUGAGCUGGAGUUCGAGAAAGAGGUGAAGAACUCCUUCAUCACAGUGCUGAUCGAGGUCCAGAACAAGCAAAAAGAGCACAGAGAGCUGAUGAAAAGGAGGAGGAAAGAGAAAGGCCUGAGUCUUCAGAGCAGCCGAAUAGAAAGGGGCACCCAAAUGCCUCUCAAGCGAUUCAGUAUGGAAGGAAUCUCUAAUAUCUUGCAGACUGGUAUUCGGCAGACAUUUGGAAACUCAGCAACUGAUAAACAGUAUUUGAACACGGUUAUUCCAUAUGAGAAGAAAGGGUCGCCUCCCUCUGUGGAAGAUCUGCAGAUGCUGACAAACAUUCUUUUUGCAAUGAAGGAGGAUAACGAGAAGGUCCCUACAUUGCUAACGGACUACAUUUUAAAAGUGCUCUGCCCUACCUAAUCUGCCUUUGGACCCGCAGUGGAACACAAGACAACAAGGCCAGAGUCAUUCCAUCACAGGGACUGCAUGAUAAACUCCAAAACAUGUAUUUAAAAAUGUAUAGCAUUAACCUGGAUUAAACAUAAGCAAAAACUAUUCCUUUGCUGUUGGCUUCUAGUCCUAGUAAUCAUUGAAUGCAAAAGUGAAGGCAGGUGCUGCUAUUUUCUCUCUUUGCCACCUGACAUAAUGAAGACAGUCCUUCACCACACCCUAUGUAUUUUUGGUCCAGCUUCC